GAGAGAGAGAGAGAGAGAGAGUGUGUAACGCCAGUUGCGGACUGUGGAGGGGUGGAGGAAGAAGAGAAGGAGAGAAAAGCGAAGAAAAGAAAAGUCGGUAGGGGAGCUUUCUGAGACGAGAGAGAUGCGAAAAUGUUAGAACAAACGACAACAAGAAGAACAAGAAGUCGCGACACUGAGCGAGAGGCUCGGCUUCCUCGGCCGGGACGGCGCUGAUCUGAUCGGGACUCGGGGCUGAGCAGCAGCCGUGCGGGGAGCCUCCGGAUCAACUUCCACUCUCCAAAACUCUGCUGUUGGGGAGGGGGCGUGUGUGAGUGUGUGUGAGAGAGAGGGAGAGGAAACGAGGGAGGAGGAGGAGUAGGAGGAGGAGGAGGGGGACGACGGCGACGACCCACCCGGCGCCCGUAGGUUAACGUUACCGGAGGCUGGAAGUUGUCAGCGAGACGUUUUAAGUGAAAGUUUCGGCGUGUUGUUGUUUCGUCUUCAACGCUGCUGCUGCUGCUCUGGGACGCCUCUCUCUCUCUCUGCUCUACACCCCAGCCUGCUAACUAACUGUUACACAACUUUUAAAGAUGAAAACCCCCGGGGACUCGGGGUUUGCCUUUCCGGAAUGGGCGUACAAGCCCGAGUCGAGCCCCGGCUCCAGGCAGAUCCAGCUGUGGCACUUCAUCCUGGAGCUCCUGAGGAAGGAGGAGUACCACGACGUCAUCGCCUGGCAGGGCGACUACGGCGAGUUUGUGAUCAAAGACCCUGAUGAGGUGGCCAGACUGUGGGGGGCGCGCAAGUGCAAGCCUCAGAUGAACUACGACAAACUCAGCCGAGCUCUCAGGUAUUACUACAACAAGAGGAUCCUGCACAAAACUAAAGGAAAACGCUUCACCUACAAGUUCAACUUCAACAAGCUGGUCCUCGUCAACUACCCCUUCAUAGACAUGGGGUCCGCAGGUGUUGGUGUUCCUCAGAGCGCUCCCCCAGUGCCUACAGGUGCUGGAACUCAUUUCCGUUUCCCCCCCUCGACCCCAUCGGAGGUACUCUCCCCCAGCAGCGAGGAGCUACGCAGUCCAGGUGUUUUUGGCACCGUGGGCCGUCGCGUGGCCCGUGGCUCCGUCUCCGACUGCAGCGACGGAACCUCCGUCAACUCCGAGAUUGAGGAAGGCAACGGCGGCGGCCUUGGCGAGGAGCGGGCUUCUGAAAGAGCUGCUGAGAGAGCAGGGGGAUUCCGUGGUGCCAUCCACCCGCGCCUGUCCCACGAGGCCAUGUUCAGAAUGUAUGGCGGAGCCGGGGGUCAUCGGGCUCACCGUGGGCCAGAGGUCUCGGGGCACCGGGUUCAUCCGGAGCCGCUAUCGCCGUUCCCCGCGUCGCCUUUGGCCACACCUGGUGGCUCAGCAGCCCUGCUGGCUCCGCCCCCUCUCUCUCCUGCCCUGUCCAUGACCCCCGGCGGGUCGCACCUGCCCUACACUCCCUCACCCACUCUCUCCCCUAUGCCAGGCUCUAUCUUCUCCUUUAACCCCGAAGACAUGCAGCGCUACCUGCAGGCGCACACGCAGAGCGUCUACAACUACCACCUCAGCCCUCGCGCCUUUUUCCACUACCCCAACAUCAUCGUGCCACAGCCGCAGAGGCCGGACAAGGCCAUUCCCGGAGCUGACAGGGGCGCAAUCACCACCCAAUUACCAUCCGGCCUGUCGGGCCCGCCCCCAGGUCACACCCACCCCCACCCAGCGGCCGCCGCCCACCCUCUAGCCCCUUCCGACGAGCCGCAUCACUCUUCAUCCUUCAAGUUCAAGCUGCAGCCGCCGCCACUUGGUCGGAAACAGCUACGAGAGGCUCAGGGACGGCAGGGCUCGCUCUCCUCCAGCUCCACCUCAGGCCUCGGCUCCUCGCUCUCCUUCGGCAGCGACCUGAGUUCGGCUAGCGGCUCUGGGCUCGUCUCCAACUCUUCCUCCAGCGGCUCGCUUAACAGCGCCGGCCUGCCCAAGAUCAAGGUGGAGCCCAUCUCCGACAUCGAGUCGGAGGAGGAGGUGGAGGUGACCGACAUCAGCGACGAGGAAGCGGACGAACGAUAUGAAGAGUUCGGCUUGUUCUCCGGCCACCGUCGCCAUCAUCAUCAUCAUCACCCGCACGCCUUCAAGCGCCAGUCCAACGGGACGGCCGCCCCGCCCCUGCACUAUGACGACCUGGAGGAGGACGUCUUCAAAGCCCCGGCUCCGCCCCCGCUCUUCUUCGGCCCUGCCUCUUCUUCCCGAGGUGGCCCUGUGGUGAAGAGCGAGCCGGACACGCCCCCGCCGUCGACCGGCCACAGCCACACACCCACCCCUUCGCACUGCAUCCCCUUGAAGCUGAGGUUCAAGCGGCGCUGGGACCAGGAGCAGCACACGGAGGAGGCGGAGGACAAGAAGGUGAGAGGGGAGGAGAGGAACGGGGAGAGGGAGGAGAGGGAGGAGAGCGGCAGCGGAGAGGGUGAAAACUCCCCCCCGCACAGUCAUCGCAAGGUGAGCGCCGACCUGCACCGCGCCACGGCCCAGCUCUCUCUGGAGAACAAAGACUGCUGAUGCACACCCGCGCGAAAGGGGCUCCCUGUUCAGAAUGACUGCUGACACAGAAGUCUCGGAAAAAGUCUUAGGCCAGUCAAGAAGACGGUUUAAAGCUAUUUAUCUGGGCAGGAAAACACUGUAUAGCGUUGGAAUGAAUACAAGCAAACGUGAUGCACUGCUACCCUGAUAGUCAUAAACCAUGUCGGCGUGUCUGAUUUUUCUCCCCGUUUUAAGACAUUUCAUCUGGAGAAAUCCUCGUUCUGUUACUGGCAGAGAAGCGAGUUUUAAGACAUAAUGCGGAUUUUUUGUGUACUUUUAACAACAAUCUGUCAACAGAAUGAGACUUUUUUUUUUUUUGCUUGAUGAAAUGACUUCAUGAAAGUUUUAGUGUUAAAUAAUCCGUUUACAAUCCCCUUAUAUACAUAUUAUACAUUAUUAUUACAUACAUAUUAUAUACAUCAUAUUACUAAAUAUACUAAAUAUAUAGACUAGAUUAAAACAACCACUUGCCAAGAUAUCAGUUUCAAGUCCCUUUUCAGGAAAGUUAUUAGCAUCUUGUGAGAUGGUUAGAAGAAAAGAAAAAAACCGUAUAAAUAAAUAUCACUGUUGUCGGAAGAAAAUCUCCAAAUUCUUUUUUUUUUGACGUUUUUCAGUUUUUGACAUAAUUUGAAAA